AUGGUGGAGAAACUUUAUGUCCCUGAGGUGGACGUUAAGCGCCCUGGUACCUCGGUAGACGAGAACUAUGAUCUUCGCGAGGACGGUGAGCGUACCUACUAUGUGAAGCACUGGUACCCGACCGUGGAUGGCAGCCCCACCUCGGAGCUGGCCAAGCCCAAGGCCGCCGUCGUCUUUGUGCACGGCUUUGCCGAGUACGUCGGCCGCUACAGUAACAUCUUCAAGGUGUUCCCCGACCGUGGCUACCAGAUCUCUGGCUUUGACCAGCGCGGCUACGGCCGGACGUGGUACGACGCCGACGACCGCGACACGAUGCACGGUUGGACGACGUGGGAGGAGCAGAUGCGCGACAUUUCGUGCAUGAUCAAGCUGGUGCGCAAGCGCCUGGACGAGCAGUGGGGCAAGGGUGCCGUGCCGAUUUACGUUUUGGGACAUAGCAUGGGUGGCGGCCUCUGCGCCGGAUUUUUCACCCGCACCGAGGGCACUGGACCUACGAAGGAGGUGAAGGAGAUGGUCUCGGGCGCGAUGCUUUCCUCGCCCUGGCUUGACAUCCAUUUCCCAAUCCCCACAGUGAUUGCUGUGCCGGUACUCCGCAUGGUCCUUUCCGUUUUGCCUCGUUUCCGCUUCCCGCUCGGCCCCCCUUCGGGCAACCUGAGCCGCGACCCGCUCGUGUGCGAGGCCGUGCGCAAAGACCCGCUAUGCAACAACUACGUCUACACGCGUGGUCUCUUUGACCCCCUUUCGAACGGCCCCAAGGUCGUCACGGAGGGCUACAAGCGCUGGCCGAAGGACCUGCCGAUGAUUGUCGCGCACGGCACGGGCGACGCAGUGACCAAAUGGUCCUCCUCCAAGAAGUUUUACGACAACCUCAAGUCGCGGGGGUGUGACGCCACUUUCCGCUCGUUCGAUGGCUACUAUCACGAGGCCUUCCAUGAGCCGGGCGACCUCAAGAUCAAGUUUGCGAAUGGCUACCUGGACCUUGCGCAGCAUGGCACACGAUACCCCCUUGUCGUGAUGGUGACCGAACAGGUGGACACCGCGACACGUGCCGUGAUUGCGCAAAUGGGAUGCGUCGUACGCAGUGUGGGCCGACUGGAUGUCGACGUGAGCAAGGAUGCGAUGGUCUUUAAACGAUUUGCCAACGUAUGGACGAAACUCCGCGCCUUCGAGCUGAUCGAAUACGAUCGAGUCGUCCUGGUGGACUCGGACAUGCUCGUCCGGCAGAACAUGGACGAACUCAUGGACUGGCCUCUGGACACAAGUGCACACCCUACGAUCGCAGCUGGCGGCCUCGUGGUGCUCGAACCGACGCAGAAGCAGGCCGAGUCUAUUCACACCUUCCUUCACACCGAGCGCGAGCGCGUCGCGACGUACCGUUUUCCUGACCAGGACUUGCUGGCGGACUUGUAUUAUGGGCGAUUCUCUCCCCUCCCUUGGGUCUACAACGCGCUAAAAAAGCUGCCCAAGUGUCACGCACAGCUCUGGCGCGACGAAGAAGUGCGCAACGUGCACUAUAUUCUCGACAAGCCUUGGGAUGUGGGGUGGCCAGGGCCUGCGCACGAAGACGAGGAUGCACAUUUACACGGCUGGUGGUGGGAUGCCUACCGCACGCUGCAAAACGACCCGGCCCAGGUCGGUCUGUCGAAUGCCGAGUGGCAGGAAUGGAUCACAGCGAAUGUGAACGACGCGCCGCGAUCGCGACAGUGCAUUUCAUAG